UCCCACUCAGGCAACGUGACCCGUCAACACACACCAGAAGAAAUAAGAUGGACUCGAUCGAAGGAGCUCAGAGAGGAGUCUUCACAUGCGAACUGUGUGAAUUAUCAAGUCCCUACACAUUUUACGGGCAGAAGCCUCCAAACACCAGAGGCAUUGUGCUACUGGAGGAAUGCUAUGGUAUGCGCGAUCCCUUCAGUCCAGAGAAAGAGAAAUUCCUUGUGUUGGGGUCUGAGUGUUGUGUGUGUAACAAGACUGUGUGUGUUGGCACGGAGUGCAGCCUCUUCUACACCAAACGCUUCUGCCUACCAUGUGUGAGGGAACACCUGGACCAGUUUCCAGAGCAGAUUCAAACAGAGCUGGCCAAGAAAAAAUCUGCUCAGAAAACUUGAUGUCCAUCUCCUAUUCUGUGGACAAAGGGCAUUUUGGAUGUAAUGGAUAUAAACGCUGACCUGAUCUCUUAUGCCCCUUUUUUGUGGGGCUGAAUUGGAUCAUGAUUUUGGGGGUAUUGAGCCAAACUUGCGUGACUCCGGAAGAUGAAUUAUAGUGGACAUGCAGGCAAACGUGCAAGACAUCGUGUUUGUGGUGGUUCAGUGGAUACGGCUUUGACUAUGUUGGUACGGCUUCAAGUUUCAAGCUGUUUGUUUUUCCAAAGAGGAAGCCCCUGAAAAGUAGGACCCUCUUAUAGAAGGUAUCUGAAUUAUUUGGAGCCUGGUUUGAGGCAUGGGGAACUGAGAAGUGGCUUGGUUUUCCACUGAAUCACAAACCUGUACAGCAGUCCUGGCCUGAAGAUGCUGUAGGAUGUUUGAAGUACUGAGUGAAUUCUUGUCACUGUUGGAAAAAGGAACUUUUUCCUUAAAUCUAAUCUAAGAUUGGGAAGUCUUAGCAUCUCAGUACUUCUGGCACAAAAAUCUAAAUCUGUCACAGUGUGACAUCAAACAAUUACUGAGAGAUUGAUAUUAAACAUGUUAAAUGCAAAGAAUUAAAGCUGAAUACCUGAAUUUUUGAAAA